CUCAUAUAAUCUCUAUUACCCCUCUCUCUCUCUCUCUCUAUACAGUCAUGGAUCACAAGUUCUGGGUCGUAGUUGCCCUUUUGCUGUCAUCCUUUGGCUCCUCAGCCAUGGCAGCCAUAGAUUGCACCACUGUUACAUCCCUCAUUUCGGCUUGCGCAAGCUUCAUAACCAAUGGCACGCCUGAACCAUCCACUGGAAGCCCGUGUUGUAAUUCGGUCAUGAGCUUGAACAACCUCGGCGACUCGCUCGAGAACCGGCGAUCGGUGUGUACAUGUCUGGUGAAUCUCAUGGCCACUUACAACCCAAAUGUCACUUCCAUGGCUAACCUGCCUGGUCUCUGUGGCAUAUCCUUGGGGUUCACCAUGGGUCCAAACACUGAUUGCAGCAGCAUUCCUUGAAUUUCGAUGAGACUACAUGAGAGGAUGGAUAAUAAAGAGGCGUUUGGAUUGCCUCUCUACAGGCAUCAGUUGUUAGAGAUUUCCUAAGGAAUAAAGAAAGUUUCUUCUUACAAAUUUGUUUAUAUUUUUUUUCUUUCUUUAUAAUGAAUAGCUGAUAAUCUACUCAUCAA